AUGGCUGCAUUGUAUAAUGUUGAUCCUGCAGACGAUAUUGACAUCAACAUUAGAGCUGACUACUCAUCUCAAGUCGUCUAUAUACUGCUCACGACAGAAAACGCUACAGUCCCUAACGUGAUUGAUCAGGAUGGCCAGAAACCAAAAGUGGAGACUUCCGGAACGUAUUACAAGGUGGUCGAUCUAUUGUUGCCAUACUAUUACCAGAUGGAAAACAUGGCUGCAUUGUAUGAUGUUGAUCCAGCAGAUGAUAUUGACAUCAACAUUAGAGCUGACUACUCAUCUCAAGUCGUCUAUAUACUGAUCACGACAGAAAACGCUACAGUUCCUAACGCGAUUGACCAGGAUGGCCAGAAACCAAAAGUGGAGACUUCCGGAACGUAUUACAAGUAUAAAAGGGUAGCAACUGUGAGGGCAAAGAACCUCCUAACCUUAGCCUUAAAUGCCCCCACUCUAAUUUCUCGCAUCGUAUCCACCCGUAAUCACUCCAUGCGAGAGGAGUUCAGAUCAUCAGGAGAUUAUCCGGUUCCUGUACUCAAGAAAGGUAACUGCGAGUUUCCAAAAAGACAAGCAAUUCUAGCCUCUUUUAGUAAUAACGCAGUAGACUUUGAAAUCAGGAAUAAUGUUCAGAAGAGUCUGACAAGCUAGUU